AAUCUCCCCAAUUACAACCAUUUAACCCUCAAUGUCGAAUUCAAACACUUUCAACCCCGAAGCAUUUCUCGAAUUGGAACAGAAAAUCCGCGAUAUGAUGUUGGUCGCGGAAGAAGCCAAGCGCCGUUAUCAAGAAACCGGUGAAACCGAGACUACCAGCGCUGUUGCAAAAUACAGCAAAGAGUACUAUGAGAAGAAAGCUGAUGAUUAUAUCAAUUUCACUUACAAGAAUCCUACUAUCUACCACGUUGUUUCUUAUUUCCAUGAACAAUUGAACGAUGCUGGAUUCAAAUAUGUUCUGGAAAAGGACUCUUGGGAGGAUCUUACACCAGGAAGAUAUUUUACCACUAGAAAUGGAUCUUCUCUUGUCGCCUUUGUUGUUGGCCAACAUUGGAAGCCAAAAAGAGGUGUUGGGAUCAUUGGAUCUCACAUUGAUGCACUUACUACCGUCUUGAAGCCUAAUUCCACCAAGGAUAACGUUGAUGGUUACGAAUUGUUAGGUGUGGCUCCAUAUGCAGGCACCUUGGGGGAAAUUUGGUGGGAUAGAGAUUUAGGAGUUGGAGGUAGAUUAUUGGUCAAGAAUUCAAGUGGUAAGAUUGUCCAGAAGCUUGUUGAUUCUACCCCACAUCCAAUUGCUCAUAUUCCUACUUUGGCCCCCCAUUUCGGUACUCCUGCCAAUGGCCCAUUCAACAAAGAAACACAAGCUGUUCCAGUUAUUGGAUUCGCAGGGGAAAGUGAUGAAGAGGCUGAACCAACAUCCGAAGAAAAGGAAGCUCCAUUGUAUGGAAAACACCCAUUAAAAUUAUUGAGAUAUAUUGCAGGUUUGGCCGAUGUCAAAGUUUCAGAUAUUUUGCAAUGGGACUUGCAACUUUAUGAUGUCCAAAAGGGCGUUAAAGGUGGUCUUAGAAAGGAAUUCGUGUUUGCUCCAAGAGUCGACGACAGAGUAUGUUCAUUUGCAGCCUUGCAUGCAUUAAUCGAAGCUGACGCAAGCGACUACUUAAAAUCAGAUGCAUUUUCUCUCGUGGCUUUGGUUGAUAAUGAAGAAAUCGGUUCUGCUACAAGGCAAGGUAUUAAGGGUGGGUUAAUUGAACAAGCAGUAAGUCGUAUUCUCGCUACCAAGUUCUUCAAUCCUGAAUCAUUUGAUAUUCAGGAACAGUUGAGAGCAACUUAUGCCAACACCAUUAUCUUAUCCAGUGAUGUUAACCAUUUGUUAAACCCUAACUUUAAGGAAGUUUACUUGGAACACCAUAAACCAGUUCCAAAUAAGGGGAUCACUGUUGCUUUAGAUCCUAAUGGACAUAUGGCUACUGAUUCAACUGGGUUAGCAUUGAUUGAAGAAUUGGCAAGAAAGAAUGAUGAUAAACUCCAAUACUUUCAAAUCAGAAAUGAUUCUAGAUCGGGUGGUACUAUUGGUCCUUCCAUCUCGUUGCAAACUGGUGCUAGAACUAUUGAUUUGGGUAUUCCUCAAUUAUCUAUGCAUUCCAUUAGAGCUGCUCUUGGUACUAAGGAUAUCGGUUUAGGUAUUAAAUUCUUUACUGGGUUCUUUAAGAACUGGAGAGAAACCUAUGACAAUUUUGUUGAUUUAUAGUUAGCCUUUAGAUAUUGCAAAAAAAAAGGAGACAUUUUUGGUUAGUAGCCCUAAGAACUAAAAAAAAAAACUUAAAAAUAAAAAAAGUCGUCUCACAGUUACCCUUUAUAGUUGU